AUGGUUCUUCAAAUAGAAAGCUUUCCUGACGUGGUGAUUGAGCACUUGGCUUAUAAUCUUGAUCCCAAAGACAUUGACCAACUUUCAUAUACCUCCAAAACUCUUUAUAAAACAUUUCAUAACAAUAGCCUAUGGAAAAGUAAAGCAGUACAUGACUUUGGUGACCUCUUUGAAAUCUAUACUAUAUUCAGUACAGCAGCCACUGGUCUAUCUUUAGACCCUGCAUUAACCAAAAAAUUUCAACAUGAGCCCUCCAACUGGCGAUCAUAUUACCUCGAAAAGAACCAACAAAGCGAACAGAACGAUUCAGCACUGAUAGACCAAGCAGAUCAGGAAUAUGCCAGCGCACAAGCUCACUUGAAAAGCUUUCAGGAAAAUGGAGAUAUGAACAUUUUAGCUCUAGUUGCAUCGAAAAUGAUGUGGAUCUUGGACGUAUUCCCAGCCCAUGGAGGAUGUUAUUAUAUACUCGGUUUCAUUCUCUUUGUGCUCAACAAGCUGGAAGAGGCAAUGAUUUUGUUACAGAUGGGACGUGCUGUUGAUCCAACAUUCGAGCCAUUUGAUGAACUAGAAGAGGAAAUCGAACGCAUUGUGAAUGGAUACAAGGGUGAAGAAGAAUUACUGACUGAGGAUAAUCAAUUAUCAGAGGCAUUGAAGCAAGCUCUAUUGGAGAUAUUCAACAAAUUUGAUAAAGAUCAGGAUGGCGCGCUUAAUUCUAAAGAAUUGGAUCAAUUUAUUUUCACAACCAAUGGAACACAUCCACCACCUGCAUUCUUGCGUCAAAUGGGCUUAAGAUUUGGAGCAAACGCAAAGGGAUGGUUGACAAGAGAAGGAUUUUUAGCAUUUUAUUUAGAACAAACUCUUGAUGACCCUUCAGAAACUAGAAAUGAUUUAGGUGUUCAUGGAUACGAUCCUCAAUCAUUAAGGCAAAAGAUGGAGGAAUAA